AUGGAUUUAGGUAACCUAGCCUUCACCUUCACAUACCUCUGCAGCGAUCAAGUUUAUGAUAGCGGCGAUCCUUACGGAGACAACGUAGUUUUUGUCCUCAACAAUUUGGUGAUGCUCACACAAGGCCAAGGUUAUGACUUCUACACUUGGUCGCCUUCUCCUACUGCGAUCGCGUACGGUCAUGCCGCCUGCUACACUGGGAUGGAUUACUACAACUGCUAUUCAUGUCUCUUUACUCCUAGGCAUGAAGUUCUUCAGUUUUGCCCUAAUAGACUCGGGGCUCAGUUGCACAUGGAAGACAACUACUGUACAAUGAGAUACGAAGAAUACCAGUUUUUCGAUAACUAA